CGUGAAGCGACAACAAAAUUGAAUGUGCGGAAUGUUUUUUUUUAGUUCUAUUUAAUUAAUAAUAAUAAUAUAGAGAAAAAGAUUUUAUCUCUACAAUUGAAAUAGUUUAUUUUUGACAAUUAUAUUUUCUUCCGGUUGUAAUCGAGUAUUAAAUCGAUAUUUAACUGACUGUCAGGGUAUAAAAAGUGUUCUCUCUCUAUAUAUAUAUUGUGUUAAUUGUCUCACAUUGCUAAUAGACAAUACAAUAAAGUGAUUUAAAGUGAUAUUAAUUAUUGUUUACAAGAAAUAUUAUUUUAUAACUGAAGAAUGUCUGUGGCUGAUAAAAUUAAAAAUCCGGAAGUUCCAGGACUAGAAUGUUUAUUGCCACCACCGCCGCCGCCGCCUCCACCACCAAAAAUAACCGUCAAUGAAUCUCAUCCACCGCCUUCAAUGCCAUCGGGCCUACCAACGCCAGUACCUCCGCCGAGUGGUCCUUUCGGAAAUAUAAUGCAACCACCGGUGCGUCCAUUUUAUCCGACAAUUGCACAACCUGUUCUAAGUCAUGCGACGUCGACGCCCUGGUGGAUACCGACGGACGCUGAUUCAACCGAUGUUUACGCUCAAUGGUACGCGAAUUCAUAUAAAAAUGCCGCCGCAGCACAAGGAACACCAGUGACAACAACCGCAACAACAACGCCUCCACAAGCCGAUAAAUUAAAGGCGAAAAAUAAAUUUCUUAAACGAAAAAUCGAACCAAUUGAUCCGCGAGUCGAUGCCGAAAAAGUCGCAUCCGCUCAAAGGGAAUUAUCGGCAUUAAUGAAACCAUUAAAAUGUGACUUGUGCAAUGCUGUUAUGAACUCGACGCUUCAAGCAAAACGACACUAUGAUGGAAAACCACAUCAAAAGAAAGUGUCUAUGUUUCUUAAUCAAAGUGCCAAAAAAUUCAAAGUCGAUGACGGACAGGUUUCCAGUACGACCGGCAGUGAUUGGAACAGUUAUUGCGAGAUUUGCAAAACGUGGUUCACAUCACAAAUGGACGCUGCUCAACAUUACGCGGGAAAAAAACAUAUGAAGGCUGCACAAGGAAUUUCCCGUCCAAGUCAAAAGAAAAAAAAGGACAAUAAUGCAGCAGUCGAUCCGACGGGACGUUUUGGUGUUGGUUCGCAAUUUUUGCCAAAUGAACCACCAGUUCCAGCAACAAUUGCCGCUGUUCCGGUUCCAUUACCAGUUCCCGUACCGGAAGUCGCAGUCUCAUCGCCUGCCGUUCAUUAUUCACAACCAGUUUAUACUCAAACAUUGCAUUGCGAUUUGUGUGGUGUUUCAGCAAAUCGCGAGGAUCAAUUGGAAACGCAUAAAAGAGGCGCACGACAUUUACGAAUGCUCAAACUUAACGGAUUACCCGUACCUGAAAAUGUUCAAGAGGCACAAGUUACACCAACGACUGAUGGACCAAUCGAUUAUUCAAUUUACAGAACGCCAUCAGGACAAUAUUAUUGUGCGCCGUGUAAUUUGUCGCUCAAUUCAGAAAUAACAUUCGCUCAACAUAUUGAGAGUAAAAAGCACAGAAGUCAAAUUAAUCCAAAGGUACAAGUGACGCCUGUAACGUCAUCAAAAAAAUCUCACAAGAAGAAAAAUAAUAAUUAGAAACGUCCUUUUUUUCUCUAAAAAAGAAAAAAAGAAAUAAUUUUUGCAAUACACACGAAAAAAUAAUUUCUCCUUUAUAAUUCCUUGAUGUUUUCACGGUUCCAAUUUUCAUUGUCUAUUUCACAAUCAAUUGCAUGAAUGUUGAAAUAUUUUCACGAUUUCUUCAAAAACAAAAAAAAACACAAAGGUAUGUCACAAUAUCUUACACUUCUUUUUAUUCUUUAUGAUUACAUUUAUUAUAAAAGUUUAAGAGAGAGAAAAUUAAAAUAUUUUUAUUUUUUUGUCAUCGA